AUGGCUGUUCGUGCGCGAAAUGCGGUUACCCCGAGGGCGAUUUUCGCCAGCGGCGUCGCAGCACUGCUCGUCGCGUGUCUGCUGAGCGGCCUGAAGGCGCAGGCGGAGGGGCAGGCGGACUACGAGGCGCAGACGGAGUCGAUCCUCCAGCAGGUGUCGCAGCAGACUUACCUCUCCGCCUUCUCUGAGAUUUUCACCGACUUCUACCAAUCAGGCCAGCUGUACAUAGACCAGCCGGCGACGCUGUUGAUCCCCACCAACGUGGGGCACUGGCGCUACCUCACGCAGUGGAACACGCUCACGCCCAAGCAGAAGCGCCGCGUGCUGCGCUACCACGUGCUCAAGGGCCGCUACACCACGCAGGAGCUCCUCGACGCGCUGCCGCUCACGCUCUUCCCCACGCUCAACCAGAACCUGCCGCUGAACAAGACUGACAAGCCCAACGAGGUGUAUUUCCAGUCCAUUCCCCCCAUGAAGUUCGCCUCUCCUCUCAGCGUGCCCAACGCGGGGCUCACGCAGAACCUGGCGGCACAUGGUGUGACGUUUGUCAUCCUGCCGCCCAACCUCAACUGCACCUCGUCUGCCUGCAAAAAGAGGCAGUUCUAG